AUGGAGCAAAUCCAAAAGAAGUUAGAUGAGGACAGGGCAAAGGCAGCCGCACUAGUGGACGACGUCAACAAAAAGUGGGUGGCAAAGCAGAAAACUGGGGACUGCCCAGACGCCGGCGAACCGCCGCACACCACGCGGCGGACCGCCACUGAAGCCCAGAAUGGAGUCUGCCCAGCCGCCGGCGGACCGCCACACACUACGCGGCGGGCCGCCACAGAGAAGGCAGAAGCACCCGCUCAGCAAGGACUCGUGCGGCAUAAUGGGAUUGUGCUACCUUUCCAGCCAAAGAGGAAGUUUAAGCUCGAAGAGCAGUUCAAACAUUUUUUGAACAUGUUUUGUAAAGUUCAUACUAACAUUCCUCUAGUUGAAUCGUUGCAGGAAAUACCUAAAUAUGCGAAGCUACUAAGGGAGGCAGUGAUGAGAAAGAGAAAGCCGACAAAAGCCGACCUUAAGCUACCACAUCAUUGCAGCGAGAUCAUCCAAAAGGAGAAGGCAGUGAAGCAAAGAGAUCCGGGCCAAUUCAUUAUCCGAUGCCGGAUUGGAGAAGGAAAGGUUGACAAGGCCCUAUGCGAUCUAGGAUCUUCCAUCAAUCUCAUGCCGCUGAAGUACUACGAAAAGCUCAACAUUGGGCCACUCAAAACUUCAGACGUAACACUCAGGUUGGCCGAUAACUCGACCAUAAAAACUUUUGGUAUGAUUGAGGAUGUCUUAGUGAAAAUAGAUGAUUUCAUUUUUCCCGCCGAUUUUAUUGUGCUUGACAUGAAAGUAGACAAGAAUGUCCCUCUAAUCUUAGGGAGAGAUUUUCUCGCUACUUGCAAAGCUUUGAUUGAUGUAGGUCGUGGCGAGAUCACAAUUAGCGAUAACCAUAGUCAAUCCACCUAUAAGAUCGAAAGCGAGAUGCUCAAGUUUGAGGAAGCAAAGCGGGCAAAGAUGGAACAGCAGUGUAGGGCAAUCAUGGUCACGGAUUUGACCAAACCUCAAGACCCCUUUGAAGUGGAGGAUCCUACUACCUCCACUAUCUACAUUGUCAACAAGGUAAGACGUUCUCCCAAAAAGGACGAUACUAACCCCUCCACCUCUAUCCCGCAGAAAAAGAAGCAAAAGAGGAAGAAGGCAACCAAGGAGGACCCCGAGAUUUAUGUUAUCAAAACAAAUAAGGGGAAAUACAAGUGGUGGAAGAAGCUAGGGACCAAGUUGCUCCCUAUGCCCAUUUUCAAUCGCUGA